GUUCAGGGCUAGGACCGCGGGCUCAGGGGGAUGAAGCUGACCCCCUGGGGUUUAUCCUGCCCGGCAAGUUCACCCACGCUUGGGGACUAAGUGGCGGUGCUUGUGUGUGGGAUCUGCUUCUCCUGCAAUACCGACAAAAGCAUUUCUCAUCACAAUGCGUUUGGUCAUCCUUGAAGACUAUGAUAAGGCCAGUGAAUGGGCAGCCAGAUACAUUUGUAAUUCAAUUGUUCGGUUCAAGCCUGGUCCAGGUCGUUAUUUUACUUUAGGUUUACCCACAGGGAGCACACCUGCAGGGUGUUACAAAAAGCUGAUUGAAUAUUAUAAGAAUGGUGACCUCUCUUUUAAAUAUGUGAAGACAUUUAACAUGGAUGAAUAUGUUGCACUUCCAAGAGAUCAUCCAGAAAGUUACCACUCCUAUAUGUGGAAUUCCUUUUUUAAGCAUAUUGAUAUAGAUCCAAGCAAUGCUCAUAUUCUUAAUGGCAAUGCACCAGAUUUGCAGGCAGAAUGUGAUGCAUUUGAACGGAAAAUUGCUGAAGCUGGAGGAAUUGAACUCUUUGUUGGAGGUAUUGGUCCUGAUGGACACAUUGCUUUCAAUGAGCCUGGAUCUAGCCUGGUGUCAAGAACAAGAGUGAAAACGUUAGCCAAAGAGACCAUUCUUGCCAAUGCAAGAUUUUUUAAUGGUGAUCUGUCAAAAGUACCAACAAUGGCUUUAACUGUGGGUGUUGGAACAGUGAUGGAUGCUAAAGAGGUCAUGAUCCUCAUCACGGGAGCACACAAAGCAUUUGCAUUGUACAAGGCAAUAGAAGAGGGAGUCAAUCAUAUGUGGACCGUUUCUGCCUUCCAGCAGCAUCCACAUACCAUCUUUGUUUGUGAUGAUGAUGCUACCUUAGAGCUUAAAGUUAAAACAGUGAAGUACUUUCAAGGUUUAAUGCAUGUGCACAACCAGCUUGUGGAGCCAUUGCACAGUGUGAAAAAUUACAACGAUUAAAGAAAAUGAAUAAGAAUAGAAACUUUCCUGUUAUGUACAGUUGAGUAGAAUACCAAGGGCUUGGUAAGAAUUCUAUGCAGCCUGUUUUUAUAUUGAUAACUUGCUGUAAUUUAAACAAUUGGUUGAUUUUUGUGGAAAGUAGUACCAUUCAAAAAAUUCUUCUGAAGUCCCAAAUUUCUCUUUCUUCGGUGAGUACUUUUAUUACUUGUCUUAAGUGAUCAUAGCAGUGAAAUCUUGCAAAUCAUAGAUGUAAGGAAAGAUUAAGUAAUUUAACAGAGUAACCAGUACCAUAUGCAAAUGAUUAUCCCUUUGUUUACAGUGUACCAUACUGAACAUUCCAAAAUUGUGAAGAUUGCCUUGUUCCUCUUAUUUCAGAAUUAAAGUUUGCAAACUAGAAAGACCAAUCUGUGUGAAAUAUACUCUAAAGGUUUCCAGUAUUCUAAGUUUCCUUAGCAUGUGUGGAAAUGUUCCAUUUAGUAUUUAAGUUUCUUCAUCCCUGCAUUGACAAAAUGAAGAAAUUGACUCAAAUCUAUACAAAUAUUUAUAAAAACCAAUAUUUUUCAUUGUACUACAAUCUAAAGAGCAUGGUGCUAUUUAUACAUUCAUGCCUCUAUCACCUAUUAAAAUGACAAGUGUUUGCAUAAUUUUAUUACUUUUGAACCAUGUUUAUCAUUGGUGAAAUUAGUGUUAAAAUGCCGAAUUAUAAAUCUUAAAUGUUUUGCAAAAUAUGUACCAAGUGAAUAUUUUGUGAGCUGAUACCAUGCUAUUAAGUUGUUAAAUCAUUCUGUAUAUGUUAUAGAUUUCCUGUCACAUUCCAAAUAUUCAUCGCUUUACUAAAUGCUCCAUUUGUUCUUUCACUAUAUGGUAAUAACUGCUUUUUUAGUUUCCUGUGUACAUUGUACUAUUAGGACAAGUUAAUGUGAACCUUGUUGUUUUUAAUCAUGAUUAUUAAUUGCAACAGUAUUAGUUACUAAAUUAGAAACACUAGGAAAGCUAUUUAUGCUUUUGUAAUUAAAUAGCUGCAGAAGUACAAAUAACUUUAGGCAUUUUAAUGUACUGUGGAAGCAUUUCAUUUACAUGUUGGAUUAUUUCAGAAACUCUAAUUUGGAAUCUUUCACAUAUUUAACCAUUUAAUUGUAGAAAGUGAUGACUCUUUGAUUUCCUAAUGGUGCCUGUCCAGUAUUAUAAAGUACCUGCUACACUAAAGGCUUCAUCAUGUUCUUAUAAAUCGGACCACCGAUACUUACAGAUUGUGACAAUACAACUUCAGAAAGCCAAAACAUUCUUCUUUACAGGGCAAUCAAUUCAAGCUCAUAAGAAUUCAAGGACUGCUAAUUAAAUUUAGUCUUGACAAUAUUUUUUAAGAUGUUCAUAUCAGUACAUGGCAUAUACCUGUCUGUUAAAGCAGGCUUUUUUUUCUGAGGGACAAAGUUGUGUUAUAUAAACAUAUAUUGUACUGUUGCGCCAUAGAUUAUCUUUAUGCCUUAAUCAAACUAAAGUUGAUGCAUAAAUGUUUCUGAUCUCAGUAAAGGCCUUUAAUAAAA